AGCUGUUCAACAUGGCAAAGAGACUUUACUUUGCUUCUAAUCAUUAUGUUAGGCGGUUAUGCAAGUUUGGGAAACGCUUCAUGUCAACAACAAGUUGUAUAGAACCUUCUUCAGGCCUUACAGAGGAACAAAGACACAUUCAAGAAAUGGCAACUAGUUUUGCUAAAAAUGAACUAGCCCCAAAUAUGUCAACCUGGGAUCAGGAGGAAUAUUUUCCAAAAGAGACAAUGAUGACUGCUGGCAGUCUGGGUUUUGGUGCAAUAUAUUGCAAAGAUGACUAUGGUGGUACUGGUCUAUCACGUCUGGAUGCAUCUGUAAUUUUUGAAGCCUUGUCACAAGGAUGUGUUAGUACAACUGCUUACAUAAGUAUACACAACAUGUGUGCAUGGAUGAUAGACACAUUUGCCAAUGACACAUUACGUGAACAUUGGAUACCUAAGCUGGCUACCAUGGAAACGUUAGCAUCAUAUUGUCUAACUGAGCCAGAAAGUGGAAGUGAUGCUGCUUCUCUCUCUACAUAUGCUAAGAGACAAGGAGAUAUGUAUAUUCUUAAUGGAACUAAGUCAUUCAUAAGUGGAGGAGGGGAAACUGAUGUAUAUGUUCUGAUGUGUCGAACAGGAGAGAAGGGGCCUAAGGGAAUUACUUGCCUUCUCAUUGACAAAGACUCACCAGGUCUUAGCUUUGGGCAGAAGGAAAGAAAGAUGGGAUGGAACUCGCAGCCUACCAGGCAAGUCAUAAUGGAAGAUUGUGAAGUGCCAGUGUCCAAUAGAAUAGGGGAAGAGGGCCAAGGGUUUGCCAUAGCAAUGAAUGGACUCAAUGGAGGUAGAAUUAAUAUAGCUUCCUGUUCACUGGGAGGUGCACAUGCCUGUAUAGAGCUAGCCAGAGAUCAACUAUUAUCUAGGAAGCAGUUUGGUCAAGAACUGGCUAAUUUUCAGUUUUUACAAUAUCGUCUCGCAGAAAUGGCAACAAGACUUGUUGCAUCACGUCUAAUGGUACGUAACGCAGCUAGAGCACUCCAGGACAAGUCCCCUGAUGCGGUUGCACUGUGCUCCAUGGCAAAGUUAUAUGCAACGGAGGAGUGUUCCCAGAUAUGUAAUCAGGCCCUUCAGAUGUUUGGGGGUUAUGGCUACCUAAAGGACUACCCUGUACAGCAGUAUCUCAGAGACCUUAGGGUCCAUGAGAUCUUAGAAGGAACAAAUGAAAUUAUGCGGAUGCUUAUAUCCAGGGACUUACUAAAACACUGAAACAGAGGAGGUUCAAUCCCAGGUACCCCACAAUGAACUGCUCACGUGACCCAUUCAUAGAAUCUCAGAAUAAAGCAGUUUCAUCCUCAGCUUAAUACAACGGGAGGAUUAGAAUGUCUAUGCAAAUCCAAUAACAUUAUUGUUGUUAGAUAAAUGCAUUAUCUAUUGUUAAAGUAAAACUGGAACAAAUCGUGGAAACACAAAUGAAGGAAACACCAAAAGUGUUUUUUAUAUCGGAUAUAGAGCUUAAGGUGGGGCUAGUGGAUAUCUUUUGCUUUUUGGGAGCAUGAGGUCAGCAUUGCCAAUAUUACUCAUAUUACUCUGCCUACCUUUAGCCUAUGCUAAUAAACUCACAGACCUUGAAGAUAUCGUUUGAGCUGAUAAAUCAACGAGAAUUACUGGGUAAAUUGCUCCAUUCAAGGAGAAAGGUGAUCAAAGUGUCUACUGCUGUGUAAGAUUUCUCGUGUAAGAUGUCAACGAUUUAUGGACAUGCAAUAUGUGAUUGGCGUCUUCCCAUUACUGUACAUUAUACUACCUCCUACUAAUCUUGGACGCUUGUGAUUUAAAAGGCAGCUAAAUAUAUCAUGAACUAACUUAUUUCCAUGUAACACUAGCAUGUAAUGGUCACAAAAUUAGACCAGAAAAUCAAUGCUAUG